UUAUUAUAUUUGUCCAAACCGACUUGAUUGGAUGUUUAAAUCCAGGUUAUAUUUCAUGAAAUCUGAUUCUUUAAAUAGGACAUUAUAGAUUUCUGCAGCACCACGCUGAUAAGAGCAGAACUCCUGUAUCCAUCCUUUUCACAGUCCCCGUGUGAAUCUGCUGAUUCUCGCUCACCUAUUUGAGAUCUGCCUCCAACAUGUAGCCACCCGCGUAACUGAUAGCAGAGCUCCAUCCAUGCCGUGUGCCUAAACAGCGACUCUUGCAUCCACCCAGCCGGCCGUGACACAAACAUCCCGUCCUCUGUUCUUUCGCCAUGCUGCAGAUCGGAGAUGAGGUGGUGUAUUUCUCGGUGGUAUUUCUGCUGGUUGUACUGGUAACUAGAAGCGCCACUUGGGCCACCCUCCUCACCGCGUUUCUCUACGUCUUCAUGGUGAUGUUCCGCUUCCCUCCAGUGCCGGCGGACCGGGCCGCUCGAGUCCUGCGGCCCCGCGCUCUCUUCUCAGGCGGCGGCGUCCCGGUGGUGGCGCACCGCGGAGGAAGCCACGACGCUCCGGAGAACACCUUGGCAGCGAUCAGAGAGGCUAGUAGGAACGGGGCCACUGGAGUGGAACUGGACCUGAGUUUCACAGCCGACGGAGUCCCGGUCCUGAUGCACGAUGAGACCGUAGACCGAACCACCAAUGGGUCUGGACCAAUCAGCAAACUUCAGUUUGUUCAGCUCAGGAGACUCAAUGCUGCUGCUCACCACAGGAUGAAGGACAGAUUUAAUGUAGAGAAGGUUCCAACUCUGCAGGAAGCUGUGGAGGAAUGCAUCAGGCACCAGCUGACCAUCUUCUUUGAUGUCAAAGGUCAACCUGAUAUGGCUGUAUCAGUGCUUCAUAACAUGUUUAAGAAGUUCCCGGUACUUUACAACUCCAGCGUCGUUUCCUCCUUUGAACCCAAAGUCAUCUACAAGAUGCGUCAGACUGACCCCCACGUGAUCACAGCUCUCACCCACCGGCCCUGGAGACUGAGCCGCUUUGGAGACGGCACGCCUCGUUCUCUGUCGACGUGGAGCCAGCUGUGGACCGGUGUUCUGGACGUCUUGUUGGACUGGGCCCACCAUCGCGUACUGUGGAAACUUUGUGGGAUCUCUGCCAUCCUCGUGCAGAAAGACUUCAUCUCACGGGACUAUGUUCAGUAUUGGGCAGAGCGAGGAGUGGAGGUGGUGGGCUGGACUGUUAACACUGCUGUGGAGAAGGAGUACUACCAAAACCUGCUGAAGAUCAGCUACAUGACUGACAGUCUGCUGGAGGACUGUGAUCCUCAUUAUUGAACGAUACCACACAGCCACACACACAGAAAUCUUCCAGACUUACAGGUUCUCAAUAUAACCAAAUUAGAUCUUAGGAACUCGUUGGUUUGACAUAGGGUAUAAUUAAGAAGUGCAAUCAUUUAUUUCUACUCCUGCGUACAAGUAAAUAAAAACCAUACCCGAUUUAAAGUGGUUAAUCUCCCCUUCAUGGCAGCCUCCUUAGGAAGUCCUCUUGCUCUUCCCUAAAUCUCCUCUGUGUCAAAAUGGUGACCCUUCACCUUGAAUUCCCUCAGAAAUCUCAGGACAUUACAGUAGACCUCAGAGUGAACAGUGUCAGCCUGGGAGGGGAAAAGUCACAGCUCAAAACCUGCUCGGUGCUGCAAAAAUGAUGAGCGUGCAUGGUGUGUAGUGAAAUCAAAGAGGCACAAGAGCGAGCGGUCACGACUGAGGUGCUGUAGCGCCUCACGAGGAGCUGACUUUUAGGUGGAGAUAAGCCAGAUUCAUAACCAGUGUAGUUUAUUUUUAAAGUAUAGCAGCACACAUCAUUUUUUUCCCUUUUAAUAAUCCUAAAAAUCCUAUAUAAUAAAGUGAAAGUGUUGAUAAUACUGAAAGAUAAAUUAUAAAAUGGAAUAAAGCUAGAAGUUUGGUGCUAGCUAAUUCUGUGAUGGAAACCAGUUCCACAGAAAUACACCAGUUUACAGUGCUGUGCAAAAGUCUUGAGCUAACACUUGUUUCUUUAUAUAUCUUCGAAUAAUCUUCAGGAGUAGUUCCCAGGCUUCUAGAAGGACAUUCAAAGCUCUUCUUUGGAUGUUUCUGCCUUUUGUGCAGAAACUACAUCUUCUUUUGUCCUGCACUUGUCCAGCUUCCUCAAAUGUUUUAAGGACCAGCUGGACACCAUGCUGGGAUUUUUCAGUUUUUGCCUGUUUGGGAAUCACCUUGUUGGUGCAAAAUUAUAUCUGCUAGAAACAAAGUGCCUAAACAUAAAAUUUCAAAUGGGUUCUUUGCAAAGUUGUCUGUUAUGUGUAGACACAUACAAUAGGAAUUAACAAAAAAAAACCCAA